UUGCGCAGGCGCGGCCCCGCCCUCCCCGCGGGAAGCGGAAGCGGCGCUCGGACCGCUGUGAGUUUUGGAGAUCAGCCAUGGGUGUUAGAGGCUUGCAGGGAUUUGUGGCAAGAGUAUGCUCACAUGCGUGCCAAACGGUAGAUCUGAGACAAAUGGCAGAAAAGCAUCGCAUUGAUCAUCCUGACUGCCCUCCUGUUAUCGUGGUAGAUGCCAUGAGCUGUGUUAGACACUGGUACACUCCAGAAUCCUGGGUGUGCGGUGGCCAGUGGCGAGAGUACCUUGCUGCUUUAGAGGAUUUUAUCAAUGCUUUUACGGCAGCUGGUAUCAAGUUGGUGUUCUACUUCGACGGGGUGGUAGAAGAGAAAAAGAGAGAUGAGUGGAUCAAACGGAGGAUGAAGAAUACUGAGGAAAUAGCCAGAUUAUUUCAGUUUAUCAAGACUAACAGGAUACAGCCAGGGAGAGAAAUGUUUGUUCUUCCUUCAGCUCUGCCUACUUUUACCCGUUAUGCCCUGAAAUCACUCGGUCAAAAAACAGUCUGCACGUUGCAAGAGGCAGACUUUGAGGUGGCUGCAUAUGGUUUGCAGCACAAAUGUAUAGGAAUUCUGGGGCAAGAUAGUGACUACCUCAUCUAUGACACAUGUCCCUACUUUUCCAUUGAGAACCUGCAUUUGGACAGACUGGUCACUGUUAUGUACUCUCGAGAAGUCCUUUGCCGUGUGCUGGGUAUUAGUUUGGCACACCUUCCUCUCUUUGCGUGCUUGCUUGGCAAUGAUAUUGUUCCAGAAAGCAUGUUGGAAGGAUUUUGGAACAAAUGUUUAACCAAGAGUUCCCACAGGAGCUGCAGCUACAGCAGAAGAGCAGACAUACUGAUGUCUGUAGCAGAUUACAUCUCAAAAAUUCCAUGCUCUUACAGCAGCCUGAAAAAGUUGGAAGAGAUUCUACCUCUGGGAUCAGACAAGACAUUGCUCUGCAGAGGAGUGAGUUCCUACCUUUUGCCUGGGCAGAAGUCUCCAUGGGUUCCUUACAAUGAAACAAUUUGUCAAAUGUUAUCCCUUCAACAACAAUCACCCCUCUGUCAAGAUAAAGAAAUCUUUCAGUUGGCUAAAGAACAGCAUAUCCAAUCUGAAAAUUAUUCAAUCUUCAAUAUCCUGAGUCAUGGAGAGAUUGACUGCAGCAACUCCUUGGAAGAUGACUUUGAUAGAGAGAUUCCUGGACAGGCACUUAUCUACCGCCCUGCUCGUCAGCAUAUUUAUUCUAUCUUGCUGGAGUCUGGAAAAGGUGGAACCUGUCCUUUGGUUAAAGAGUGGUUUGUCUGUUCUGGAAAUCCUCUCAAGCAGCCAGACCUGAUCCAACCUGUACAACCUUCUGUUACAGGUGGAACACCUAGUUUGAAAACACUGUGGCUUGCCAAGGGGCCUGACGUGGAGAAGCAACGGUAUAGCACAUUUCUGGCAUGCUUUCACCUCCAAGAUGAGAUGGAAGAGCUCCAAGCUCUGGAAGCACCUGUUGCAGGAUUCUGCUGCUUGCUGGCCUAUCUUAUGACAGAGGUCAGUAGCCUCUCUCUGGAGGACUUAAAUGCAUUUCUGGCACUCGUUCUCUGCCUCAAAGGGAAAUCAGCAGCUCAACUGAAAGGCCUGCAGCUGGCACAGGUAGACUCCAGGGCUGUACACCUGGGUGCUGUCCUUGUCCGUGGCCUUACCACGCUGCUCAUGGCCAACAGUGCCUGUGGCUUUCCGUUCAGGAUGGAUGAUCUGAUGCCUUGGGCAGUGUUUGAUGGAAAACUUUUUCAAGAAAAAUACCAGAAGGCACACCAAGGUUGCUCUAUGGAAGAACUUUUGGAAGGCAAUGAGUCUUUGUACACACCCUUCCAGAAUCUGAAAUCUCUCAUUUGCAAGAUUUGCAUGGCAAAGAACAGAACAAUACAGAGCAGACCAAGAAGGAAUCAAUUAAUAGAGGUGCUCAUUGCAUUAGGUUAUUCCGAAGAAGAAGCAAGAAAUUUUAAUCCCAGGCUCCACCAGCCACACAGAAGUCAUGUUGUUUCUCCAUAUCACAACCAGAUGAGGGAGAGACAUCUGCAAUCCCCAGGUAGAGGAUCAGGACAUCCACAUGGGAGGAGGUAUCACAAUCCUCCUCAGUAAAGAAUUCAUGUCUACAAGUGGCAAAUGGGAUGGUGGAAUAAUUGCCAAUGGGAUCAUUUUUGUUUAUUCAGGCUUUCACCUGUUUUUGUGAACUGUGCAGAGUAACUGCACAGUGUGACUGUGGAGAAAAUCACACAAAGCUGAGGCUGUUCAGCUUGUUAAUCAUUUAUCAUGUAAGGUCUAAGCUUGUUAUGUGACCAGAAUCACCAAAACUUAAGUUACAGCUACCUGAGGCACAAUAGCAUGCCAGUUUAGCCUCAUUGUUUUGUCCAUUUGACAAGAGAAAGUCUGAAUUGUUUUUGUAACAUUGUGAGAUAUUCCUGAGUGUAAAUUUAAGACUUAAACUAUAACUUUUUGCAUAUUUUUGUAAUAGUUGUUUAUAUUACAAUACUUUCCUCACCAUGAAUAAUGUGUGAUGUCUACGCUGUAUUGUGGUUUAUGUCUUGAUUGUGGAUUAUAUCUGUGUUUUAAGGGUUAUACCAUUGUUUCUGAAACCCUGAAAAGUUUGAAACAUGACAUCACUGCUGUAAGCAUCGUCUGCCAGUGAAACAAUAUGACUUUCUUGUAAAAUGUAACACUUUUUUACAAAGGAAAAAAAUUGCUUUUACAUUUGAUACUUUUAUUUAAGAAACUUUUAAUAAUUUUUUCAACUGAGGAAAGAAUCUAUCAUGCUCUACUUCUAUAUUGAAUAAAUAUAUUUUUCAUACUCUGUAUAUAGCAGCAAUCCAACAAAAAAAAAGAAAUAAGGAUUUCUAGUUUUAUUUAAAGUAUGAGACAGCACCAUUUCACACAACACUUGUGUCUUGAUUUUUGUUUCAGGAAAUACACUGUCAUCAUAGGGGUAUUCCUGCUUCCUUUUUCAAUUGAUUUUCCACUGACUGUAAUUGUACUAUCAUUUUUUUACUAUCAUUUUUAUCCCUCCCCUAAAAACCUUUUGAAAUAAUGUGGUCUGAAUUUUAUUUUAUGGAGACUUCUCUGGUUUCAGGGAUCUCAUGAUGUAUAAUGGUGUAUUUUAAAAGAAUGUGAUUUUUGUGCCAGAAUUUGUUGGUAAUUCCCUCUUCAGGCUUUGAUAUGAGAAAAGAUGUCUGUUAUCCUCAAUAAACAAAGUUAAAUACAGUCA